AUGGUGAUAUUUUUAUUAUUCGCAAUUCUAUCGAUUUCCAUUGUUGGAUGUGAUUCUAGAAAUUCUAGAAAUGUUCAGAAGAAAUCUGGAAGAUCUGGAAAAUCUGGAAGAUCUGGCACAUCAAGAAGAUCAAGAAGAAGAUCAGAGAAAAAACCAGUCAGAUCUUCCAAAAUCCUGAACACCAACACCUCAGCAGAUCUCUCAAUCAAAUCUCGAAUCUCAGCCGAAUUCUCCACAAGUUCAUCGGAAAAUUCCGAAAUUUCGGAGAGUGAACAAAAAACGGUGCCGUUACCGCUGGAAAAUAUUCGAGUUGUGCCAAAUCAGCUGAUUUUUAACGAGAUUGGUGGAUUGAAAACUUUCAGAGUGCAAAAUUUGACCGAUUCCGAGAUUGUUUUUAUGGUGAGGACUUUAGGCUUAAGCUUCUUAGGCUUGAGCUUCUUAGGCUUAGGUUUCCUAGGCUUCUUAUGCUUUUUAAGGCUUUUUCAGGCUUUCUAGGCUUCUUAGGCUCAGGCUUCUUAAGGUUAGGCUUAGGCUUCUAAGCUUAAGCUUCUUAGGCUUAGGCUUCUUGGGCUUAGGGUUCUUAGGCUUAGGCUUAGGCUUCUUAGGCUUAGGCUUCCUAGGCUUAGAAUUCUAAGGGUUAGGCUUCUCGGGCUUCCUAGGCUUAGGCUUCUUAGGCUUAGGCUUCUUAGGCUUAGUCUUCUCAGGCUUAGGCUUCUGAGGCUUAGGCUUAGUCUUCUCAGGCUUAGGCUUCUGAGGCUUAGGCUUAGGCUUCUUAGGCUUAGGCUUCUAAGGCUUAGGCUUCUAAGGCUUAGGCUUCUAAGGCUUAAGCUUCCUAGCUUCCCAGGCUUCCUAGGCUUCUUAGGCUUCUUAAGCUUCCUAGGCUUCUCAGGCUUCCUAGAUCUUUCAAAAUUUCUAAAAUUUUUCAGAUGAGAUGCGCUGAUGCUCAUUUAUUCGCCCUCGAUCCAAUCUCCGGUCGAAUUCCAGCCAAAUCUGAGAUCAAAGUAAAUGUUCUACGGGAAAAUGGGAUCUACAAAAAUCUGAGUUUGAUGAUGAUUUCGACAAAAUCACAAGGAGAUUUGGAACCGGAGGAGAUUUUUGAAAAAUUAUACAAAAGUGAUGAACAAGCGGCUUGUGAGAUAAAUGUGAACGCUUUGCCUUUGAUCACAAAGAAAAUGGUGGUUUUUGAAUAA